AAGAUACGCCCUCGUCUCGUACCAAUGUCAUGGAUCAGACCCUCACAGAAGACGAGAAGAUCCUGCUCGCCUUCCGUCGAGCUCAGAAGCUCGCUCGUCGCAAGGCCGCCGAGGAGGGAACGACCACGCAGAACGCUUCGACGGGGACCUCGGUGACGGCCGCUUUCGCCAGGUCUUUUGUGCUGUUACUCGGGGUCUACUUCAAACGUCCUUCUCGACUAUGGCGACCGACUCGAGUGGACACCUUGACGACGUUGAGGCAGAUGGCAUUAUCCGCCAACCAAACGCUCUCACCAUCAUUCAUUCGUGCGCUGGUCAAGGAUAAAGGCCCGCGAGCCAUCCUGCAAAACAUCCUCCCCCCACUCCUCAUCAACACCGCCCUCGGAACCCUGCUCUUCACAUCACAUUCCUACUUCUGCUUCCUCGUCUCCCGGCUCGACUUUUUCGCUCCUAAGCCUCUCCCCCAUGCCGACCUGAACCUCGACUCGGACUUGAAUAUAGAGAAUACGGAAGAUGGAGAGGGAACGAUCUUCGACCGCUGGGUUUCUCUGACUAAACGCGGUGAAGCCUUGACUUCCAUCCCCUCCCCUCCUUCUCCCUCGCCUUCCUCUUCUUCACAUCCGGACGAACACCUCGACGAGCACGAGAACGGACCGGUCUGGUUAUCAUUCGGAGCUGAGGACCAGAUUAGCUUCAUGGAGAGCAUCCAUAGACUGCCUCAUCCGACGCUUUUGAGCGCUUUGGCUGGGGCGGGAGCUGGGGCUAUUCAGGGGGUAGCUUUUGCGCCGAUCGAGAAUGCCGUCAAACUACUACAACGAGGCAUCACCUCCUGGUCAGAAGCCUUUUCCCGCGUAUUCGGCUUCAAAUCCUCCACUUCCCCCUUCCGCCCGAUCCGCUCUCUCGGUCUCCCUAAAUCAGGGCAAGAGGUCAAACAGUUCUUCGGGUUCGGCGAGGGCGUACGGAAAGCCUGGGCUGGGGUCAAGUACGCCAUGGUCAGGGACGCUAUCGGGUACGCGUUCUUCUUCUCGACGUUUGACGUUUCAAGACGAGUGGGGUUGGCCGUCAAGGCCUGGUUGACCCCGAACGAACAGCUCGUGCUCGUCGGCAACAAUUACAACUACAACAACAACUCUAUCGGUGACGUCGGGUCAGCCUCCGGGGAGAUUGUCGACGAGUACGGACUCCACCCUAAAGCCCCCACCCGGGCCAGGCUAGCUCAAGCCGCAUGCUUAGUGACGGGCGGGAUCUCCGCCUCCUUCUUGGCCGAAUACGCAACCCGCCCGAUCCGCAAGAUCGAAGACCUAGCGAAACUCAGUCGCACCCGCGCGCCGGGUUUAGAGUUCAAAGCGCACGCUCAUGCCAACCCGAGCCGAAUAAGAGGACUCGUCAGGCCGUUCCAAUCGGGAGUCUUGCCCCUGAUGCGAUCGACGUUCAAGAAAGAAGGAUUACGGGGGUUCUUCCGGAACCCGGCCGAGCUGCAUACGCCGUUAUCGGACAAGCCUGGGGGGAUCACCUCCAAGGCGACCAAGAUGGGUUCUGGGGUUAAGGAUGUGAGAGGGAUCGAGAGGGUCAAGAUGCGGUUGACGAGGUUUGGGUGGAGGUUGGUUGGGGUCGGACCUUGGGGCUUGGGCUUUCUGGUAUUCGCUUAUCUCGGUGGAGAGGUAUGACCAAGCGAGACGAGUGUUGUAUGGCACGACGAGAUGCUAGAUGUCUUCCACCUUGAGCGCAAAGCCAGACAUCUUUGACCUCGCGUACACAAUCGUUGACAAUGCACAGUGAAGAUACGACUCGCUUGAUCGGAAGAUAGGGAGAGCUUUGCCCGCAUCGGCCUGAUGUGUGGCAUGCGUCGAAGCUCUGUCCAAGCUGAAACUAUAAAGCUACUCCCUUGCUGUACCGAUCUUGAUGACGUCAGCGU